UCCUUCCUCACUAUUACGACUAUUGAAUGUCUUUAUCUCAAGGGCGAACUGAUGUGGCCACCACCACCUCCCGUGGCGACAUCACCACCUCCACCAGCGGAGAAGCCCAAGACUGAGGCGGUUGCUGUGGUACCAGUGGAUCCUCGUGUUGCUAAACUCAAAGCAGCACUCGCUACCAGUGUCGGUCUGUCAGGGCUUGUGGGUCUUGGCCUAGCGUCCCCUUCGCCAGCAUUCAUGCAAACGCUCUCCACCUUCACCCUUGCAGGCAUUGUAGGAUACCACACGGUGUGGGGAGUGACUCCGGCACUCCAUUCGCCACUGAUGUCUGUAACCAACGCAAUCUCAGGUAUCACUGCUGUGGGUGGACUCGUUCUGAUGGGUGGUGGACUGGUGCCCAGCACCGUGCCCCAGAGCAUGGCAGCACUCGCCACUCUCGUCUCGGCUGUCAACAUUGGUGGUGGCUUCCUUGUUACCCAAAGAAUGCUCAAUAUGUUCAAAAGGCCCACUGACGCACCGGAGCACAACUACCUGUUCGGAAUCCCAGCUUUGGCGUUACUUGGCACCUACGGUUACAGUUUGCUGCAUUUUGGACCUUCAAUGGGUCUAGAGGAUGCUAAUCAGGCUGCCUACCUCGCCUCAUCACUUUGCUGCAUCGCUGCUAUCACUGCUCUAGCCAGUCAGAAAACCAGUCGUUUGGGCAACGUUCUGGGUCUGACCGGUGUUUCUGCAGGAUUGGCCGUCACCCUUGGAAUGCUACAGCCCCAUCCUGAUCUUUUGGCGCAAAUGCUUGGUUGCCUUCUGGUUGGUGGAUCUGUUGGUGGUUAUGCGGCCUCUCGCAUGGAGGUCACAAGUCUGCCCCAAAUGGUUGCCCUCUUCCAUAGAGCUUUACUUAUGGUGGCCUUUGACGUUGCAGUCUGGUUGGUAUCGCCGCGGUUCUCACCUGCGUUGCUAACUAUGUCACUGAAGCACCAAUAA